CUGGCGGGUCCGCUUUGUAAUGAACAAAAUACCCUGGGAUGUCCAGUGUGUCAUCAGACUGAUGGGCAAACCCAGAGCCCCUAAGAACUCCGGAGAUGUAGAAAUACAGCUUUCUUCUUCGAACGCUAUUCCUUUUUGCUUUAUUAGACAGAAGUGGCUUGUUUCCGAGGAUGCAUUUUCAAAGUCCGUCCUUUUAACAGGUUGAUCGGUGUCCUGAGUUGAAGAUGUUUCCUGAACAGCAGAAAGAGGAGUUCGUAAGUGUCUGGGUCCGAGACCCCAGGAUUCAGAAGGAGGACUUUUGGCACUCUUAUAUCGACUAUGAGAUAUGUAUUCACACUAACAGCAUGUGUUUCACGAUGAAAACAUCUUGUGUACGAAGAAGGUACAGAGAAUUCGUGUGGCUGAGGCAAAGACUCCAGAGCAAUGCAUUGCUGGUACAAUUACCAGAACUUCCAUCUAAAAAUCUAUUUUUCAACAUGAACAAUCGCCAGCACGUUGACCAGCGUCGUCAGGGCUUGGAAGAUUUCCUCAGAAAAGUUCUGCAGAAUGCACUUUUGCUCUCUGACAGCAGCCUACACCUCUUUCUGCAGAGCCAUCUGAACUCCGAGGACAUUGAGGCAUGUGUUUCUGGGCAGACCAAGUACUCGGUGGAAGAAGCAAUUCACAAGUUUGCCUUGAUGAAUAGACGGUUCCCCGAAGAAGACGAAGAAGGGAAAAAAGACAACGAUGUAGAUUAUGAUUCAGAAAGUUCAUCCUCUGGGCUUGGACACAGUAGUGAUGACGGCUCACAUGGAUGCAAAGCAAGCCCAGCUCUGCAGGAAUCCUGAGGAGGAACCCCGGGCCGCCACCUCAGGCACGAAACCGUGCUGGCUCACGACAGAUCCUUACCUAAUGCCACCGUUACUAUCUUAGGUAGCCAAAUACUUACUUACAGUGGUGGGUUAUUAGUGGUAGUAUUUUUAUGUUGUCUAGUUUUAGCCAGGCUUCUGUACAAAAGCUGUACGGUCUGUGAAUGCCAUACGACCCUUUAUUGCCAUAUAAUACUUGUAAAUACGUUCCUGCUCUCGAGUGAAGCGAGUCGUAUGCUGUGUAUAUAAGAAUAAGACGCAGUUGGUCUUAACUGAAUUUUAAGGAGCUAGGUGUACCAGUAGCAUUUAAAACCCAGACAGAGCAUCCAUGCAGGGUCCCUGGGGAAGUUAGGGUAAAUAGUGUGUGACUGGAGCCGGGGUAGAGUCACGGCGGCGCAGCAUACUGCCUCUUGGGCACGUGGCUCUUGUUUUGUGAAGACUUCCCCUACUCUGGAAAACACUUUGUUUGACUGAAAUAUUUAAGAGUAUUUAAGCUUUCCAGUAUACUAUUUCACAUGUAAAUGGAAAAUAUGUCUUACAAAUAAAGACGUACCAAAAUAAUGUUUACAUCUUAGGGGGAAAAGAAUAGACAUGUGCGUCAUUUUGCUUAAAUUUGCCAUCCGUAGAUUUAGAAAUACAUUCUCACUGUCCACAAUCAGCUUAAACAUGGCUUCUGGCAAACAAGGCAUUUUGCCAUUGUGUAGUUAGAAUCAUAGCUUUUGAUUUAUUUUCUGACAUUUAAAAAAAUGUGCAGUUAAAAAAAAAAAUCACCUGAUAACUUUCACAGCGGUGGCUCCUCACUACUUACUUUUAAGUUGGAAGAAGGUAUUUAUGAGUUAAAUUAAUUUUAUCUAUAAAUACUUCAGUAAUUUUGGGGUGGAAGUCAGAUUGCUAAUGUCAGAGCUCAUAUUCGUGUUUUAGAAGCCCUUUCUUUUAAAGGUAUCUACCUGAAGAUUGGCUUAAUUUGGAUAGUUCUCUCUCUCUCUGGCCCAAAGAUGCGAUGCCUUGGGUCCGCUGUUAGCCUCCCGUUCCAGAUGAGGCAGCAUUUUCCCGGGAUAAUUAGCCCAGUCCUCCCACUAGUGACGCACCCGUAUCUUCGGUAGCUAAAAGAAGGUAUUUUCACUUCCGUGGGAUAACUUGUUGCUUUCAGUGAAUGGCUCCCACUCUCACUGGGUGUAAAAGCUGCUGCAAAAGAGAGCCAUUUCCUUGGGUGUUUAGAAGUUACUGUAUUAAUAGAAAGUUAUUGAACUGUCCUUUGAAAUGCUUGUUUCAGAGAACUGGUAAAAAAGAAACAAAUAUUAAAUUUAGAAUAAGAA